CGUUCCGCCGCGCGGCCUAGCAUUUAUCUGUCAAAAGUGUUGACGGCUGGUCGUUCGACGAUGAGCCGGCAAACGCGUGCCUAUUGACUGUACCGUGCCACGAUUGUAGGUUAUCUAAACGAAUACAUUGAUGAAUAGUCGUGCGUGUACGUUUGUGCGUUGUACGUUGCGUUUACUGAGCGGCACAAACGCAUCGACCGUAAGUGUCCUUUGAAUAAUCGCGUUCAUUAUUAUGUGAUCGUGAAUAGUGACUGAACGACAGAUAGAGUAGACACGAAGAGCCUGACCGAGCGCCGACGGUACGAGUGAACGAAACAAGGGAAAAUGCGAAAUCUUCGAGCCGAUGUUUCCUGCUAUCUCAUCGUGGCAUUGCUUUUUCUAGCGCCAUUCGUUAACGCAUCAGGCAACGUGACGAGCUCAAUUAAAUCGUGCAACAUCUACAACGUGACACUGCAAUGUGGCGAGAACGAGAGAUGCUUUCAGAAUUCGAAGAACGACACGGGAGAAUGCGUAUGCAAUUUGGGCUACAAACGGGAAAAUGAGAAGUGUGUGCAGUUUGCAACAACCGUUGCCGUCGUCACUUCCGAUCCACCAGACGCCCAGGAGAGUUCAGGUGGUGGUUCCGUAGCCGCCGGUUUGUUAAUACCGACCUUCCUCGUAGUAGUCAGUGUCCUGUUAUACUUUGUCGCGAGACGGUACAAAUUGCUACAACGGGUGAGACAGCUUCGUCCAAAUCGUUACGGUAAUGUCCUAGUCACGCGAGACGACGACGACGACGACGAUCCGCCGAUAGCGUAAACAGGUAUUCAUUUAUCUCUGCGUGUGCCGUGUAUAAAGUUUUUAUCGAAAACGCUCAGUUACACAAUUCGUAAUUAGAAUCGACAAGCUUUGAGUUACCACAAUGAAAAUGUAUGGUAUCGUUUCAUCUUCCGCUUAUACAAAUCCCUGGUGGAAAGCCCUCGAUCGAACGUAAUAAAUAGUAACAGAUAUGUAGAUGAAGCGUUGAAAGUUUCUCUGUUCAAACUGCACGUGCAAUAAUAGUUCUCGUAUUUUUAUUUUUCACGGGCUCUUACCCACUGUCUAUUGCUGAAAGACAUUUCGCCAGGGAUCUCGUUGAACAAUUCUUGAGGCUCGUCUCGCUUGGGGAACAAUAUUGUGUAACUCUGUGUACAUAAAGUUUAGGUACAAGGUACAUGAGAACGUCGUCGCGAACUGAAUUAAGAGGCUAAAUGCAAAAUAAAGUGAUAGCAUAAGUGGACGUGUCUCAUGCUUUCAUCGAUUUUAAUCUCCUCGUUUAGCGAUCCCACUGACGAUUAAUAAUUGCGUGAUAUAUCUUACGUUGUUCACAAAUUACUCUAUUUUUUAUAAAGAAAGAAAAGCAUGAGCGUGCUACCACUUGUACGAUCACUGAUUCUAUGUUUAUACACAAUGGUUGUAAGGGAUGCGGGAUAAACGACUGCAUUUUCAAUAGUUUUUAAGAACACAUUGAAAGCAUAAUUUUUUACGAUGAUAUUAAUAAGCUGGUCAGUAAACUUCACGUGUUAAUAAUAUCUUGCAUAAAGGACGGUGACUAACCGCCUUGCUAUGUGCAAAAUUAGUAUCUAUUUAUGUUCUUAACAAGGUUGUAAUUUCGAUCGAAUUUUGUGCACGCGACGCGAUCGAUUAUUAUAUUUUUUUUAAAUAUAUGACAAUUAGUAUACGAACAUUUUUUAUUGAUUCGAGUAUCGAGUCGUGUCGCGUGGAUAUCUCGUCCUCUCCGAAUGUCUUGUUCUUUCUCUCAAAACGUGCAUUACUUUACCAAAGAAUAAAGGUUCCAGGAUUGAAACGGUAAAAAGUUCGAAACGAAAUUUAAUGAGUCGAAAGUAAGCUUUCUUCGCGAUUGGACUAGAAACCUCAAGGCUUUAGGAGUGAUUGCAUUUAUACCAAAACAAUGUUACACUGUCUUAUCUCUUGUUCGAUACUGUUUUAUUUUUUUGUAAUAUAUAACAAAAUUUGUAAAUAUAACUUUCCGCCAUUCCGCGGGUUGCGUAUUCUUGCCAGUCAAUCAUUAUUUUUUCUAUAGCAUAAUCUAAUCGUGAUUCUGGAGAAAAUUGCAUCGUCUAUAAAUAUUCCUAAAAGAAAAAUGAGGGCUCGCGACAAAUGAUUGAAAUACGUAUGCGAGAUUUAUAUAUUAUAUAUAUAUCGUAUAUAUAUACACAUAUAUAUAUACAUAUAUAAAUAUUUAACCUAUUCUUGUACUCUAUCAUUUUUGUACAGAACUACGCACUAGAAAGCUAAAAAUCACAUAGCAAUUAGCCGGUGCUCGAUCCGAUUCGGCAUCGCGAGAGACAAGAUUCCAUAUUUUUAUAGUUCGCGGGUACAAAUCGGGAAAACGGUGCAACUGGUACUAGCGAAUUUAUUGUUUCUUAGUUACGUAUCGCUGCGAUACAUCGCAAAUAGCAUCGCUCUCUUUUCACUCGUUACAACUUUUAGGCAAACACUCUUACGAUUUGACCACCGAGACCUAAUUGUAAUUGUUACCAUUUUUUCAAACACAGUCACGUCCACGCAUCUCCAAAUUGAAAUUCAUAGAGAAUAUUUUAUUACACAGAUUCGACGAUUCUUCAAUUAUCACUUGUUCCCGCGUGCGCGUGGCUCUGUUGAGUUGCAAAUUCUACUCUGUGAUGUAUUUUACGUUAGAUCCUUGACGGAACCCACUCAUUAUAAUUCACAUUCUAUAGAAGCACAAUCUGUCUUCGAUCGUAAACAGAGAAGGUAUUGUUCUUCGACGGUGCGACAUUAUUUACGCAGCGAAACUUGGACAAACGUUGCUUUCUGCAUUGUAACUUCGGUAGCCGAUUCGUGGACAAAUUGAAUUUGUCCGCUUUUAACAAAUGCAUACAAAAUGUAUCACCGAAAUUAGAUCGGCAGCGACCGCGACGAACAAUUUGUAAAUAUUCAACUUCGAUAAAUAUGAAAUAGGAAAUAAAGAAAAUAACAGUGCAAAA